AUGUUCCAGCGACUCAAAGGCGCAAUUGACCAGCGAAUUGCUGAAGAGCAGGCCAGGCAGAAGGCCGCUCUCGAAGCUCAGAGGGCUGCUGCCCCGCGUCGUUCGCGAUCCUCAAGUGGUGCUGGAGGCCCAUCUACUGUCCGCCGUUCCCGGCCAACAGCUAAGACCGGCGACGAUGGUGACGGGCCGACAGCCGACCCUGAUCCGGCCGUAUUUGAGGCGGCGUUCGUGAUUGAUGACGCCGACGACACAGCGGCCUCCUCGAGGGCGUCAACACCAUUGCCGGGAGACAAGAUACCCAGGUCUGGAGAGUCCACUGCAAACUCGGGAAAAGCAGGCCCCGACAAUCCCACUUCAGGGACAGGCUCGCCGAGCAACAGCGGAAAUAACGAGCAGGUGCAGGCCGGUGCCGAGCCUACGGCUAAGACUGCCUCAUCUUCAACCUCGAUCUCUGAGCUUCCCCCAGAGAUCCGAGCGCGACUGCGAAAGCUUGAGAAGCUAGAAAAGACAUACCCGGAGCUGCUCCGAUCCUACCGCAUUGCACAUAGCCGGGCAACGUCCAUCGAACCCUUCGAGAAAGCGCUGAGGGAAAACACCCCUUUGACGUCCAUCAAGGAUCCCGAAGCCCUUGUCGAGUACCUGAACCAGAUCAAUCUUAAAGGCGAUAUGUUGAUGGAGGAGCUUAAGCGCGUGACAACCGAAAAAGACAGCUACAAGAAGAAAGCUGAAGAGGCCGAGAAAGAACUCACAGCGCUAAGAGAGGAACUUUCUUCCCUCAAAGCAGCAAAGUCUGAGACAUCCUCGGGACCCGAUGCGAGAAAAGAUUCGGGCGCUCCGACCGACAAGUCCGAAACUAGAGAUUCACCCUCUAGGUCCAAUGAAGGAGCAGGAGAUAUCUUUUCUUACGAGUCCGAGCUGCCUCAGCUACAAGCCGAAGUCCAACAGAAGACGGAAGAGAUUGAAAAGCUUCAAACUGAGGUCAAGAAUUUGAGGGAUGAGCUGUCGUUGGCCAAAGAGCACAGUGCGUCUCUUGUUGAAAGCCUCGAACAUGCCACAAGGGAGCUCAGUGAAACCCGAGAUGCGGUUGCCGUCAAGGCCUCUGUCGAAACGCAGCUCGAGGCUAGAAAUGCCGAGAUUGCCAUUCUAACCGAACGCCUUGAGAAAGCACAGUCCAAACUUAAGGAGGUAGAGGAGGAGCUAUCCAAGUCGAAAUGUGACGCUGCCGAGAAUAUUAAGGUGACAACGACCCAACUAGCCGCCUUCACAUCCCGGAAUCAAGAGCUCGAAAGGGAGGUAGAACAGCUCAAUCAGGCAAAGUCUUCUCUUGACGAUAAGAUCAAAGCCCUAAUUGCAGAGAUCGAAGCUCUGAAGAAAGCUAAGGCCGAAGAUCAGUCGCGAAUUGAUGAACUCACCAAACAGCUCCAGGUCGCUCAGGAACCAGCAGCCACUCCGACAAGCACUCAUAUCCCGCUAGGGAUGCCCAUCGCUUCGCCGGCAAGCGGCAGUGGCAGCGGUGGGAAAAAGAAAAACAAGAAAAAGAAGAAGGGCGGCGCUGCAACACCUGCAAUGCCUGCUGAGUCUGCUCCAAUUGAGGCUUCUGCAGAUCAGAAAGCCCCUCCUACAUCUGAUGGUUCUGCUCUGGCAGAACUACAAGCAGAAUUGACGCGCUUGCAAGAAGAGCUGGCCCAAAAGGAUCAAAAAAUAGAGAGAUUGGCCAAGCAGCGAAAGACGGAAGAGGAGCUGCGGGAGGAAAUUGAAAACCUCCAAGAGAAUUUGAUGAUGAUAGGACAGGAUCACGUCGAGGCCAAGGAGAAGAUAAAGGAGCUUGAGGCAGAAAAGAAGGCCUUAAAAGAACGCAUUGCUGAGCUUGAGAAGGAGCUGAUGUCUUCAUCCGCGGCCGCAAAGAGCAAUGCUGACCUCCUGAAAGAACACGAGACUCUAAAGCAAGAAUUUGAUAAUCUCAAGCUAAAAUCAUCCACUCUCCAGUCUGAUUUGGCUGCCGCUCAGCAGCUAGCUCAAACCCGGUAUAAAGAUCUUACCGAUCUUAGAGAAGUCCUCCAGAAGGUACAGCCAGAGCUCAAGAGUUUGAGGCAAGAUUCGGCUGCAUUGAAGACUACUCGCGAAGAGCUGAAUGCAAAGAACGCCGAGUUGCGCAAUCUUGAGAAACGCGAGAAGGAGCUCAAGGCCGAGCUUUCGCGUGCUCAGCGCCUUGCUGCUGAUCGUGAGGCCGAGAUCAAGACUCUACAUGAGAAGGUUGCACAAGAAACCAACGCCCGACUGCGGCUUGAAGAGGAGAAGCGUGUUGCAGGCCGGGACCUUCGCCGCGCUGAAGCCGAGAAGAUUGAAAUCUCGGCUCGGGAAGAAAAGGCUACUCGCGAGCUCCAGAGGGUCCAAGACGAAGCCAACAAGCUCCGACCCCGUAUCCGUGAGCUUGAGGACGAGGUCGCUCGCCUCAAGAAGGAACAAGACGUCCUUCGCGAAGAAGUAGAGCUCAAGAUCAACCAGUACACCAAUGCUCAGAAUCUCUUGAGCAGCAUGCGAGAUCAGACGGCUGAGUUAACGAUUCAGCUCAAAGAAAGCCAGGCACAGUGCGAGAGUCUCGAUGAGGAGCUUGCCGAGGCACGGAAGAUGCUCAAUGAGCGUACACGUGAGGCAGAAACUAUGCGACGCUUGCUCGCCGACGUGGACGAACGCGCCGAUAGUAAGGUGCGCGAAAUGCGCGCCAAGAUGGACGCUGCCAUUGAAGAGCGUGACCGUUUGGAGGACGAGUCCAGCGCGCUCGCUCGGCGGAAAGCCCGGGAGACAGAAGAAUUGCGGCAGAAGAUUAAGGAUCUUGAAAAAGAGAUCAAGGAGCUCUCCGGGGAAAGGGAUGACCUAGAACGCAGAGAGAGGGAAUGGAGACGUAGGAGAGAAGAGCUCGAAUCUAUUGAGGAACGCGCCAAUGCUGAAGUAUCCGAGAUGAGGACUACCGUGAACAACCUUCGGAGCACUCUUGAUGCCUCGGAGCUCCAAGUCCGAGAAAUGGAGAGAAAGAAUGCCGAGCUGCGGCGUGCGCUGGACGAUUACCGACUACGAUAUGACAAGCUGGCGAAGGAGGCCAAGUCGCUGCAGGCCAGGCUUGCUGCUCCUUCAUCAACCAUUUCUGGGCGGAGCUCGAUGGAAUCAACGAGGUCUGGAAGUGGAAGCACUGCGGCGUCUCAGACGGCUAUUGGGACAUAUCCCGAUGCUAUGUACCUCAAGACGAUCCUGUUGCAAUUCCUAGAGCAGAAGGAUAAUCGUCUAAGGGCUCAGCUGGUGCCCGUGCUUGGAAAGUUGCUAAAGUUUGAUAAGUGA